AUGGAGGAAAAGGACGACGAGGACUCAGAGGCAAAAGCGAGAGUAGAAAUCCACCUCGAGGACGAGGAUGCUCAAACCACAGGGCAGGCGUUACUCUGGACCGCCCGAGAAUACAAAAUCGUUCGGCAAAAGUAUCGCAUCAUUGGUUCUUUGCUCGGUUCUUUACCCGGCUACCGGCAACAAGAUUCCACUCGCGGGUUACCGGUGUUGUUGAGCAAAGAGGAGGUGUACGUGCUGAAAGAGAACGCGUGGGCGAGGAUGCGGUUCAAAACGAAAAAGAGGAAACGGAAUUCGAGUGAUUUUAACGAGGAGGCGGAAGAACGGGAGCUUUUGUUGCAGCCUCAGAUUACGACGACGAGGAAUCAAUUGAGAGCGAUGAAAGCGAGCAAGAAAAGCCAGUGGGGCGGAGCGGCGAAGAAGAAACAGAAAGUAGUACCCAAGAAGAAGAACGAUAAAGAAGAAGAAACGAAGAAGAAAAGCAGCAAUAAUAGGGAUAGAAUUGUAGACUGGGAGCAAGUUUUAGGGAGAUCGAGCUCGGUGGUGUUGCCGUUAACCACGAGCGAGAUGGACGACGACGCGCGAAAGUUGGACGACGCGCCGCCCGAGGAGGAGGAGGAGGCGUACAAGGGGAGAGUUUGGAGGAAGAUGUCGAAAAUUGAUCGGUAUAAAUGCGCGGUGUUCAAGGAUUUACACGAGAAAGGGUUUACGAUGACCUCGGCGGCAAAGUUUGGUGGUGAUUACUUGGCGUAUCCGGGAGAUCCGAUGUUAUUUCACGCGUAUUUCACGGUGAGAGUGUUGGAGAGAGGGGAGAAGAUGACGCCGUUAAGUUGUUCGUCCGUGACGAGGAUGGCGCACGCGGCCAGGAAGAACGUCGUUUUUGCGUUUUGCGGAGAAGAAGAAGAUGAAAAAGGAGGAGAUAACAAGAACAACAACAACGACGGCGUGCUUCGAAUUCAGUAUUUCACGUGUGUCCCAGAUAUCGAGCUCAGUUCUAACAGAGGUUUUUAA